AUGAGGACCAAGCACGUGAACCUGCUGAUCGCCCUGGCGGCCUUCAUGCUCUUCAGCUUCUCCUGCUUCUGCAUCUCCAGGAUGACCCAGACCAGCAAUCAGUUGAUUAAUUGUAGGAACCAUGUUUUGGAGAUUAAGGAGAGCCUAAUACGUUUAAAAAACACCAGUGAAAAUAAUCGCAAAGAUCUAAUGAAAGCCCUGAUUCAGAUGAAGCAUGGUAUUACUCGGAGAGAAGAUUCAUCACGAACCGCAGCCAAGGAGGAAGGGGACAGAUUGAGUGAGAAUGUCACCACUGCAGCUGACAGAUUCGAAGACAUGAAGUUCUUCCUCCCUCACCUCCGGAAAUUCGGUAGACUGUACCCUAACGUCGUCAUUGGCAAAGGGAAAAAAGGAGUGUCCUUCGCCCUGGGCAUCCCCACAGUCAGCCGAGGAAACCACAGCUACCUGACCUACACGCUCACCUCCCUGGUCUCCAGGAUGACGACCGUUGAGGCAGAGGACGCUGUGGUCAUUGUCUCCGUCGCAGACAAUAAUGAAGAUUAUUUAAAUUCUGUUGUGAAAAUGAUUAAAAAAAAAUUCAGUUGGUACGUGCAGAUGGGGAGCAUAGAAGUCAUUACAAUACCCACUUUCUUCUAUCCAAACCUGAUCCUCAGCAACGAGACGGUGACUGGUAGUGAGGAGUUGUACACGAAACAAGUCUUGGAUUUUUGUAUUUUGAUGCUGUAUGCCCAGCCCAAAGCCAUGUAUUACCUGCAGCUAGAAGAUGACAUCAUAGCUAAAAGGAUGUUCUUUAAAGAAAUGGCAAAUUAUGUGCAUAAUAUUGCUCCAAAUAAUUGGUUUUUCAUUGAGUUUACAGUGAUUGGAUUUAUAGGAAAACUGUUUCGAUCCGAGGACCUGCCUGGCUUUGUGCGUUUUUUCUUAAUGUUCUACCAAGAUAAGCCCAUAGAUUUGCUCCUGGAGGACAUGUUUUAUGUAAAAGUGUGUGAAACAAAGGAACCUUAUGAAGACUGCAAGCAACGGCAGCAUAAAGUUCGUAUUCGGUACAAGCCGUCUCUCUUCCAGCAUGUGGGGAUACAGUCUUCAUUCCCUGGGAGAAGACAACUUCUCAAAGUAAGACUUGGAAAUAGAACUUCAGUGGCCAGUCAUGUCUCAAUAACGUAUAAGCUCUUGGUUAGAAAAGGAGUGAGGACGUGA